AUGAAUUUGUUUGUUCAUAAUCGCCAAGAUGGGUCUGAUCAUGAGCUUAGCGGGAAAAGAUCUGUGAAUGAAGCAUUGCCUGGCAAGCACUGGGAUGUGCCUCCGUAUCAAGAAAUUAAGAAUUGUUUUAUGGAAAGGGAAGCCCAACCCAAUGAAGAACUUAAGAAUGAGAUUGUCUUAAAGUUCCUGAAGGAGCAUAUACAACCAAACAAGUUAGAUAAGUUUUCACUUAUGAUUGGGCUGGCAACACCCCCUGCAGCAAUGGCAGCCAAGAAAGCCGGUGAACGUGUACCUCAGCUCAAAUUUAUGAAAUCCGUUCCAGACAUUCUGUUUGUGCCUGGUGCUACAUUGUUAGCUCUUACAGGAGUUAGGUUUUCCAGAAUAUUUUUCCUCCAGCAAAAGCAUCUGAAGAGUGAAGACCAUCUAGUUGAAAGAAACCAUAUAGGAACAUCGGAUUCUUAA